GAGUGUAUAACAGCAGGCCUGAAUUAACAUUUUUUCUGUUUUUUUUUCCAGGUGGGACCCCCUAUCCUGGUAUGGUAGUGGACUCAACCUUCUACAACAAGAUCAAAAGCGGCUAUAGGAUGGCCAAACCUGAGCAUGCCACUAGUGACGUGUAUGAGAUGAUGAUGAAGUGCUGGAACAGUGAACCCAAGAAGAGACCCUCCUUCUUCAGCCUCAGUGAAACCGUCGCCUCUUUGCUGCCUUCCGAGUACAAAAAGUGCUAUGAGCGCGUCCACCACGAGUUCCUGCGGAGCGACCACCCGGCGGUGACGCGUGUGCAGGUGGACGGUCUGGACGCCUACGUGGGGAUGCCCUACAAGAACCAGGGCAAGCUGAAGGAGCGGGAAAGUGGCUUCGGCGAGCAGCGACUCAGCUCCGACAGCGGAUACAUCAUCCCCCUGCCCGACCUGGACCCCAUGUCUGAUGACGAGUACAGCAAGAGGAACCGUCACAGUUCCCAGACGUCGGAGGAGAGCGCCAUUGAGACCGGCUCCAGCAGCUCUGCCUUCGGCAGGAGGGAGGCUGAGAUGCUGGAAGAUUCUGAGAUGCUGGAGCUGUGCCUAGAUUCAGGAGACAUGACAGAGGACAGCUUUCUGUAAACUCCACAGAGCUACACCCAAAACCCCCUCCAUUCCCCUUCUCCAGGACAGGCCGGCUGCUGAGAGUCUAAGACCCAGUGCAGAGCAUAAACCACUUUUCUCUGUGACCCAAGGCCUGUUCUCCAGGUGCCCCAGGAACAGAAAUCAUGGGCGCCUCUUCAAUGGUGACGAGUCAUGGACUGCGGAUGAACUUUGACCCCUGCCAAGUCACGCUCUGCAUGAUUGGAUCAUCUCCUCUGGCACAUUGUGAUGUCCUGUUCGUUUUGGGGCAUUGAGCACAUAAGGAUGAAGAGGACAUCUUAAAUGUACAGCAUCUAUUCUGUGGGCAUUUUAAAUCCAGCGAUAUAAGCGACAGAGGAAUCGGAGGCAAGGAACAGAGAACCAAAAUCACGCUGAACCCCCAAAGACUGACAGUUCCUGGAAGCAAUGACUGAACUGAUUGAGAACCACUAAACCCAAAAGCAUCAUACAAACAAUUCCACUGUCUUGGUAAGAAGAAACAUCUCUAAAGAUGGCUAAACCAUGGAAAGGGCAAUUUGUGACAUCCUUCCCUUAGUCCACACAACACCCACUGCUCUUCCAAAAGCUAGCUGACUGAAGAAACCGUGAUGCAAUAUUAAAAGCACAAAGUUUCACUACAUUGUGUUCGCGUGUGUGAGAUUAUAUGUCAGCAGCCAAUUAAGCGCAGCAGGCAGAUUUAUUUUUUUACUUUUGAUCUUUAUCAUACCUAUGAAAAUGUAACAUUUGUUAAUACUUCUGUGGAGUGAGCAUUAUUUGGGUGAAAGAUGUGGCUAUAUUGUAAAAGCUUUUAUGUCGUUGAUGUUAUUAUAAUGGUAACUGCCUUGUCCUGAUUAGAAGUAAACAAACGAUUUUCACCUAAAGGUACUUUUUAAGGCAAAAAUAUCCAUUGAUGAUGAUAAUAAUAAUAAUAAUAAUUAUUAUUAUUAUUAUUAUUAUUAUUAUUAUUAACACAAUAGAAAUAACUUCAUUUCAGGUCCAUAUGACAAACAUUCCAGAAUUUGCCUUUAUAUAAAACACAUUUAAACCAAAUAUUAUACACAAAAGCAUUUAAUCUACUUGUUAAACAAACUUUUAUUACAGACUUUAAAAAUACUGUUACAUGUAGGAACCCAACCACAAAUUUCCAUCUCAAUGAGACCAUUCAUGUUUCUGUUUAAGAUACCUAAUUGUACGUGACUGUCGUUUUGAAACUCAGUCUAAAGACUUGUGCUUGAACCUCUAUGGAUGCCAAAAUAUGCAACUACGUCAACUGAACCACAAUGCCGAUAGACAAUUAGAGUCAUUAGCUCUAGACAAUCAAUAACGGACUUGUCGCUGAUCCAGUUCGAAGGAUGAACAUUUACCCUGUUGCCAUUGGAUGCCAGGCAUUCAUUUCCUUUUCCCAGAAGACGUCAAGCAUACAGGACCACCAAAGAACCUUCUGCCUGGAUCCAGGCAAUGAGGGAAGCCGUCUGGAUUGAUAACAGUCCUGAAUGCAUUCCAGGUGUUAAAUGCCUUUGUGAAACAGUCUAGCAACAGAUUUGUGGAAACUAACAAUGUUUUUCCCAGAUGUGGAUAUAAGGAACAUCCAAAACUCCUACAAAGCCAAGUAAUCUACCAGUCUGGAAUGGGCAGUGCUAGAUAUGUACAGAAAUGUGUUUUACCUGCUGGAAAAAAAGACUAGUUAAGUACAACGCGAUGUCAUACAUCGAUGAGUAUAUUUGCGUAUACUGCCCUAUUUACCUUUAGCUAUGUCACUGCCUCUAUUGUGCCAUUGACGACUGUGAUGUACUCUACGGGCACUAAGAAACUUGCACUUUUUAAAAACUUUCCUUCUUUGGCGAGAGACAAGGUUUGGACUUGCGUAGAAAGUUUUCCUUUCAACGGCGUGACAGGGACGGGAACAUUGGAAAGAGUGACCGUUGAUCUUUACAGAAGGUACAAUGCUUGUAAUUAUAGACAGCUUCUCAAUUACAGAUGUAUCCUUUUGUUUUGUUAUUCAAUAUGUACAUUCAGAUGAUCUAUAUUUCAAUAAAUGAUUUAAUAAAGUC